GAUGGCGAUGGCGAUGGCGAUGGCGAUGGCGAUGGCGCGGGGCGGGCCGGGGCGGCGGGCACUCUGAGCGGAGCCGGAGCCGGCGCCGGGCCAUGUCGUCCUCCUUCUUCAACCCCAGCUUCGCCUUCAGCUCGCACUUCGACCCCGGCGGCGCCCGGCUCGGCGAGCUCUCCUGGCCGUCCUCGCUGGCCGUGCCGGCCGUGGCCCUGUCCGGGCUCCUCACCGCCGUCGCCCUCAUGCUGGCCUGCCUGUGCUGUAAGAAGGGCGGCAUCGGCUUCAAGGAGUUUGAGAAUGCCGAGGGCGAGGAGCUCGCGGCCGGCUGCUCGGCACAGGGCUCCCCGGCCCAGGACGGCCCCGACGUGUAUGUGCUGCCGCUGACCGAGGUCUCGCUGCCCAUGGCCCGGCAGCCGGGCCGGUCAGUGCAGCUGCUCCAGUGCUCGGCCCUGGGCCGGCACAGCCUGCUGUACCUGGAGGAGAUCGGCCGAGGCUGGUUCGGGAAGGUGCUGCUGGGGGAGGUGCACUCGGGGCGGAGCAGCGCCCGGGUGGUGGUGAAGGAGCUGGAGGCCGGCGCCAGUGUGCACCAGCAGAUGCACUUCCUGGAGGAGGCGCAGCCCUACCGGGCCCUGCAGCACAGCAACCUGCUCCAGUGCCUGGCCCAGUGCACGGAGGCGACGCCCUACCUGCUGGUGAUGGAGUUCUGCGCCAUGGGCGACCUCAAGGGCUACCUGCGGAGCUGCCGGGCGGCGGAGCCCCUGGCGCCCGACCCGCUGACGCUGCAGCGCCUGGCCUGCGAGGUGGCCUGCGGCCUGCGGCACCUGCACCGCGGCAGCUACGUGCACAGUGACCUGGCCCUGAGGAACUGCCUGCUCACCGCCGAUCUGACAGUGAAGAUCGGAGACUACGGCCUGUCCCACGGCAAAUACCGAGAGGACUACUUUGUGACGGCGGACCAGCUGUGGGUGCCGCUGCGCUGGAUCGCCCCGGAGCUGGUGGACGAGGUGCACGGCAACCUGCUGGUGGUGGACCAGACCAAGGCCAGCAACGUGUGGUCCCUGGGCGUGACCCUGUGGGAGCUGCUGGAGCUGGGCGCGCAGCCCUACCCGCAGCACUCGGACCGCGAGGUGCUGGCCUUCGCCGUCCGCGAGCAGCAGCUCAAGCUGCCCAAGCCCCGGCUGCCACUGGCGCUGUCCGACCGCUGGUACGAGGUGAUGCAGUUCUGCUGGCUGCAGCCCGAGCAGCGGCCCACGGCCGAGGAGGUGCACCUGCUGCUGUGCUGCCUGAGCGCCCGCGGCGCCGCCGAGGCCGCGGAGGAGGAGGAGUUCGAGCGGCGCUGGCGCUCCCUGCGGCCCCGCGGGGGCGGGCCGGGCGCGGGGGGCCUGGCGCUGGGCGGCGAGCCGACCUCGGCCUCGUCCUUCCCGCUGCUGGCGCGGUUCUCGGGCGACGGCUUCCACGCCGAGGGCGAGGACGUGCUCACCGUGACCCAGACCCGCCGCGGCCUCAGCUUCGAGUGCACGUGGGAGGCGGGCCGCGGCGCCGCCGCCUUCUCGCCGCCAGGGGGCGCGCUGAGCCCGGCCCGCGCCGGCAGCCUGCAGGAGCCCCGCGCCGCCGCCUUCUCGCCGCCAGGGGGCGCGCCGCCGGGCGUGGUGCCGGUUCUGAGCGCGCACAGCCCCUCCGUGGGCAGCGAGUACUUCAUUCGCCUGGAGGGGCCCGCGCCCGCCGCCGGCCACGACCCCGACUGCGCCGGCUGCGCCCCGCGCUCCCCGGGCCCAGAGCGCGAGGAUUCCGACGGCGCGGCCGCCUCGCCGGCUACGGAGCCGCCGCUGGGCCAGACGCUUCCCAGCCGCCCUGACCCCCACCCAGGCCGGAGCCCCACGCGUGGCCCGCCCUGCCCCUCGCCCUCGCCCGGGGGCCCGAUGCCGGUGGAGGCCACGGCGGAGGGUGCUGUCUUUGGGGACCCCCUGGGCGCCUGCACCUCUGGGACGGCGGGACCCUGGCUGCCCAGCAGCAGGUGGGCCCCCGCGCCCCGGGUCCCGGGCUGCCCGGGAGGCCGCACGGACGGCAGCCGCGUGGACGGCUGUCCGGGCAGGGAGCGUGCCCUCCAGGGCCACCCCCUGGCCCCUGGGACCCCCAGAGCACCUCUCCCGGCGCCAGAGGGGGCCUGCCUGGGCCGGGACCUCCCCCGUCCGUGUCCUGCCGAGGGCCUGGCCACAGCCCCCUGGACAGAGGCAGCAGAGAGGGGGGACCCCAGCCCCCCGACAGAGCCCAGGCGCGCAGAGGAGGCCCAGGGCCCUGCGGCACCCCAAAUGCCCCUUCCGUCUGCCCCGACCCCGUCCCUGGAGGGAGCCCUGCUUCCCGCGGGGGAGGCCAGCGCGCCCACGGCCCCGCCCGCCUCCCACGCGCCCGCUGGCGGCCAGGCCGCGGCCCCGGAGCCGGCCCCCACGGGGGACGGAGGCAGCGGCUCCCUGGAGCGGGAGGCGCCGGGCAGCGAGGACGGGGACACCACCGAGGCCACGUCCGGCGUGUCCACCGGCGUGUCCAGCGCCGGCCCUCCGGCCGAGGGGCUGGGCUCGGCGCCGGCCCCCCGCUCCCCGCAGAGGCAGGAGGCCACGCCCCACCCGCCGGACCCGCCGGGCAUCCCGUGCUCCCGCGGCGGCUGCGAGGCGUGCAGCCCGCCGGCCGGGGGCGGCGCCGGGGGGCAGCCCCGGGCCCUGGACAGCGGCUACGACACCGAGAACUACGAGUCCCCCGAGUUCGCGCCCAAGGAGGCCCCGGAGGGUGAGGGCCCCGGGCCGGACACCGCGCUGCCGGCCUCCCUCAGCGAGAAGACCCCCUACCGCGACUCCGCCUACUUCUCGGACCUGGACACGGAGCCCGAGCCCCCAGCGGGGCCGGAGAAGGGGCCGGAGCCGGGCCUGGGGCGUGCCCAGCGCCCGGGGCCGCGGCCGGCACAGCCGUCGGAGCCCUGGGUGCCCGGGGAGGCGCAGAGCCCUGGCCCCAGAGCGGGGCCCCUGCUGCCACUUCCGGGGGACCCCUCCCCUGGCCCCAGGCGGGAGGUGCCCCGGCCCCACGGCCCGGCCCAAGCGCCGCCAGAGCCCGGUGCUGGGCGUCCCAAGGUCUUCCUUCUGACCCCGGUCCCGCGCGGCUCCGAGGGCCCCCGCUCCGAGCCCCCCGAGGCCCGCGGCCCGCCGCCCGCCCUGCCGGGAAGGACAGGCACCCAGGGCGCCCCCGGAGCCCCGCUCUGCCCGGCCCGGGCGGAGGGCCGGCCGGAGGAGGAGGACGAGGACAGCGAGGACAGCGACGGCUCGGACGAGCUCGGCGGCGACAGCGUCCGGGAGCCGAGCGAGGAGAGCGAGGACGAGGCGCCCGUGCCGGUGGUGGUGGGCGAGAGCCAGAGCGCGCGCCGCCUGCGCAGCCUGCUCAAGAUGCCCGGCCUGCUGCCCGCCGCCUUCCGCCGGGACCUGGAGCCCAAGAAGAAGGCCGUGUCCUUCUUCGACGCCGUCACCGUCCACCUCUUCGACCAGGAAAGCCCCACCCGGGAGCUCGGGGAGCCCUUCCCCGGAGCCAAGGAGUCGCCCGCUGCCUUCCUGCCCGGUAGUCCCAGCGCCCCCCGCCGCCGGCUGCGGCCCCCCGAAGGCUCCCCCAUUCACUUGACUGGCCCGGAGGGCGGGGCGUUCCCCUGGGACGGCGGCUUCCUGCUGAUGCCGGUCAGGGAGCCCGCCCCGGCCGUCCCCGCCGCACCCCCCAAGCCGGCGGCGCCCGGCCCCUUCUCGCGCUUCACCGUCUCACCCACGGUCUCGCCCGCGCCCGCGCCCGCGCCCGCCUCCCGCUUCUCCAUCACGCACAUCACGGACUCGGACGCCGGCUCCGUGGGAGGCCCUGCAGGAGGUGCCGGGGUCAGCUGUGAGGAAGCAUGAGCCCUGCUGGUCCCGCUCCGGGCCCGGCGGGACGGAUGCCGAGCGGGGACGGGACCACGCGGGGCCCGGCGAUGGUCGGCAGCAGCUUCCAGAACCUCCGUGCCCGCAGCACCCUGACCGCGGGGCUGUGCGUGCCAGCCAGGGCUGCCCCAGGGGAGCC